AAAAUGGAUUUAGAAGCAUCUGUAGUUGAACGUUUACAAAAACUGAGACAGUGGCAGUUAGAACAACAGGAACGAUUAUUAAAACAGCAACAGAUACAAAGAGAAAUGUUAACUCAAAAACAAGAUAGUAUGUAUAAAGCACUUGAGCUAUCAAUACAAGAACUUGAUCUUAAUGAAGAUGCAUUAAAUAUAAAUAAUUCGAAUAAAGCUAUUAAAAUUACUGAUAAUAAUAAAAAUUUAAUUACAUUACAUGAUGAAUCAGAAAUACAAGUAAUAAAUAAUAACGAACUGUCUGUUAAUCAAAAUAUAAAUAAUAGUUUUGAAAACAUAAUUUCUCAGCAACAUUCUCCUAGAAAAAAGUUUAUUGAAGAUGCAAUUAAUAUUGAAAAUCAUAUAAAAAGACAUCCAAAAGAUAAAAUAAUGUCUAAUGUAAAAGAUAAAAUAAAUUUAAUAAUUUCUCCAAAAGAAGAAAAACAAAUAAAACAGUUUACUACAGAUGGAAUAGCACCACUACCACCUGAUAAAAUAGUUAUUAAUCAUAUUUGUAUUGAUGAUAUUCCAAUUCUUUCUCCUAAAAAAGAUUUUCAUACAUUACUUGAAGAAAAAUUGAAAAAUAGUGAAAAUGAACCUUCUGAAAAAUCUAUUGCUAGUUCAGAGAAUAAAGUUAAGAAACCAUUUCUAAAAAAAGGAGAAGGUUUAACUCGAUUUAAAUUAAAUCAACACAAACAACUUACUACGUCAAAAGCAAGAUCACAUACUGCUUUAUUCACUAGUAAUACACGAUUUGGUUCUAAAUGUUCUAAAAAUAAAAAUAAGUCCAAUAAAACUACAAAAUGUUUGAAGAAUGCACAAUUAUCAAAAGGUACACAUUGUACAAGUAUAGAACAAAAACAUUUAUGUUUACAAAAUAUUCCAUUGCCAAAGAAAAAGGUUUGUAGUAAAUCUGAUUCUAAUACUUCUACUAUUUAUUUGAAGGAUUAUGUUAAUGAAAUGAAAAAUACAAUUGAAUUAAAUACUCCAGAUUUUCAUUCUGGAACUCAAAAGGAAUUGGAAGAAGUAAGAAUAUUUGAAUUACUAGAAGAAAAAGCUGAGAAUUCUAGCUUUUGUUCCACAUCUAGUGCAGUUAUUGCUUUCUUACAACAAUCAACACCAUUUAAAGUAAAAAAUGCUGGAUAUAGAACAGAAAAUAAUAUGUGUAGUAUAAAACAGGUUACUCCAAUAAAUAAGAUACUUAAAGAACAAUCUGUUUUAAAGUCUAAUAAAUGUAUGAAGUCCAGUAAAGAUACUGGUACUCACUGUGAUUUUCUAGGUUUUAUGAAUCAAAAAAUCAUUCAUGAUAAUGAAAUGCUUUUACAAGAUAAAGAAAACAAUACAACAGAUGCAAAUGGAAACAAGUACAUGUUACUAAAAGAUCAGAUUCAAUCUACGUGUGAUAAACAAAACUUUUGUGAUGCCCUUGCCAUUGAAGAUGAUAACGAAGUAGAUGUUAGUCUUCAUGUUAGAUUCUCUGAAUAUAAUGAAUAUAAAACAAUUGGAUUAACAGAUACAUCAAGUAUAUCAACUGAAUCAUUAGUAACAACAAAUUUUUCAGAUGAAAAGGCUUGGAGUGAUUUUUCAACUCCAGAAAUAUCUACAAUAGAUUCAUCAAUACCAUUUAAAAUACCACAGUCUUGUGUAAUAAUGAAAAACAAAAUGCAAAAAUUAAAUUAUGAGACACAAAGCUGUCAAAAUAUAAAACAAAAUAAAUCUACUUGUAAUACAGAUAUACAUCAAUAUAAAGAUGAAUUAGAAUUAUCAAAUAUUGAGGAUCAAACUUCUAAUAAUGAAAUGAGUUCUUUAUGUAAAUAUAAUGAAAAUGAUUCAACAUCACGGAAAAGUGAUAACUCUUGUAAUAUUGAAACAUUUAAAAAAUAUACAAAAAAAUAUGAAAAUGGAAAAGAAAGUGAAUGUGGAAAUAAUUACAAUGAUGUAAUUGUAACUGAAGAUCAAGAAAAUAAAAAAGAAUUACAAGAAACAAACGGAUCCAUUUUUAAAUCAGAACUUUUAAAAAAUCGUUUACUAGAACUUGAGCAAGAAAUUAGUAUAUUUCGUAAAGAAAAUGCAGCUUUAUCUACACAACGUAAGAAAUUACAUGAAGAUUAUAAAAAUAUAUGUAAAGAGUAUGCACAAAAAGAAAAAAGUUUUGAAGAAAAUAGAAAACAUGUAGAAGAAUGCUUACAAGAAGAAAGAAAAAAACUAGCACGUGAAAAAGCUGCAUUAGAAAAUAGAAUGCGAGAUUCACAAGAAAAAGCUCAACAAAGUAAACUAGAAAGACAAGAAAUUCAAAAUUUAAAACAAGAAAUAGUAAAAUUAACAGAAGAGAUGCAUAUAAAGGAAAGUAGAUGGAAUGCAGCUCAAUCUAGACAUAAGUGUCAAAUGAGAAUAUUAAAAAUGGAAAAUUCAAAAUUAAAACAAGAAAUAGAAAGACUACAAAAUUUAAAGAAAAAUAAUGUUAGAAAUAAAGUAAAAUGUGGAAGUUCUACAAAUACAAGAGCAAUUCAUCAAAUUAAUAAACAGCUUAACAUGCAGUUUAAAAAGUCUCACAAAAUGAAUGAUGCUUUAUUAGAUGAUGAUCAAAAAUUGGUAGAAUCAAUGUUGGAAACAAUGGACACAGUUAAUAGUCACACUAUAGCAGAAGCAAAAGAAGAUAAUUAUAAUGAUAAUAACAAUAUAAUGAAUGAUAAAUCACAAAAAAGUCAAACUAUGGUAGAUGUCGUAAAAAAACGAAAUUUAUAUGAAAACUUAAUAAAAGAAGCAACAUUGGAUUUAACAGAAAUACAAGAGCAAUUUAAUACUUCUGAAAAUUUAAGUGAAUCUAAAUCAAUUCUAAAUAGUAAAUUAAAAAUAUUAGACAGUAAAACAAAUGUUAUAAAAGAUAAUUGUGAAAAAUCAUAUAAAGAAGGUGAUAUACCUUCUAAUCAUAACAGUACUGAUGACAAUAUUCAAUUAUAUAUGCAAAACAGUUAUAUAUGUUCUACAUUUCCUAUAGAACCAUGUGAUGGAAAGCGUAAAAAAGAUUUGAUAUUAAUAUCACCAAAUAAAUCAUCUAAUAAAUAUAUAGAAGAUACAUCUUUAUUUUGUCAAAAUAAAACUAAUAUAGACAAACAGAGUAUAAUUCAGAGCAAGCAUAGUGAUGGUUCUAUUGAAUAUCAAUUCCCAAAUGGAAAUAUUAAGAAGAUAUUUCCUGAUCAAGGUAUAACUAAAUUAAUAUAUUAUAAUGGAGAUAUUCGUGAAACUAAUAAAGAUGGAAAAAUAAAGUACUUUUAUGCUUCAACACAAACAUGGCAUACAACAAUGCCAGAUGGUUUAGAAAUCUUAGAAUUUGCAGAUGGCCAAGUAGAAAGACGAUCACACAAUGGUACAGUGGAAGUAUCAUUUCCAGAUGGCUCAUUACGAAUUUUAGAAUCAGAUGGUGUUGAAAAAUGGACAUUGCCAGAUGGAACAUUAAUUCAAAUUCUUACUAAUGGUGAAAGAAUUCUUACACUACCAAAUGGUCAACGUGAAAUACAUACUAAUUCUCAUAAGAGACGAGAAUAUCCUGAUGGUACUAUUAAACUAAUUUAUCUUGAUGGUACACAAGAAACACGUUAUUCAAAUGGUAGAAUACGUCUUAAAGAUAAAGAUGGUAAUCUCUUAAUGGAUUCCUAUCAAUAA